CCAAGCCCCACCCCUCCCGCCCUUCUGCCCGCGCCUGCGCGGACCGGCCGGCCAGGCCCCACCAGCCAUGGUGAACCUGGGCCUGUCCCGGGUGGACGACGCCGUAGCAGCCAAGCACCCGGGGCUGGGCGAGUAUGCCGCCUGCCAGUCGAGCGCCUUCGUGAAGGGCAUUGUCAGCUUUGUCACAGGCACCGGCGGGGCCUUGGGCCUGCAGAUGUUCAUGCAGAGGAAGCUGAAGUACCCCUUCCAGUGGAACGUCCUGGUGGCCGUGGUCGCAGGCUCCGUGGCCAGCUACUGGGUGACCCGCGUGGAGACCCAGAAGUGCAGCGAUCUCUGGCUCUUCCUGGAGACGGGGAAGCUCCCCGCAGACAUGGGCGCAGCAGGCACUUCCUGGAGAAGGAGUGGGUGCAGCAGAUGGAACUUGGAGCCCUUGAUUGGGAAGAGCGGGGAGAAGCUGGGAGACAAAUGUCACCUUAGUGCCCACACGGCUGACACUGGGGCUCCGCCAGGCAGCUCCUGGCACUGAACCCCAGGAUUGGACACGCCCGCCGGCCCUGGAAGGAGGGAGCCCUCUCCAUUGGGGGGGGGGGGGUUCUGUUUCCCUGCCACGAGGAGCAGACCACAAGGUGUACAGCCAGCAGCACCUGGUCCCGAGACGAGGGGCAGGACAUGGCCAUGCCCACCCGCCCGUCGUCCCAAACACACGUGUCCGAUGAAGUCCCUGCUCUCCAGAGGCGGAGGGAGCCCCUGAGCUCUGUCCUCGCAGAAGGGAAGCUCACGAGUGGGCAAGACUAGCCACCUCCCCACCCAACAGGAAGAGGCUGGGGUUCUGUCAACUCCGGGCAAGUCCAUGGUCCCCUGCGGUUGGCUUCCCAGUUUGGGCCGUGGGUGGGUACCCCAGAGUCCCCGCCGGGGCCCCCAAGCUGCUGGAGGUGACUGGCUCUUCAGAGGAGUGGGUUCCCACUAAAAGCCCCGGGAGGGGGCUGUGUUCCAGGCAUCCCUGCCUCCGGGGAUGGGGCCCCAGGCACUAAAACGCGCACUGACCACACCGCUCCAGCCACAUCAGCCCCUGUGCCUCUCGUCCCGGCCGGUCGUUCUAAAGAAGACCUACUCAGCACCUACUAUGCGCCACAACUCGUGGUGGGAAGGCAAUGAAGGAAGCCCAAGGUAACCAUGGCAGAGUCUCCUUCCUGUAAAAGUCCAAGUGGGUGGCCUGGAGCUGACGGUCAGGGGCCGGGGCCCCUUUAGUCCAUUCCCUGCUGCAGUGGCCUCUAUUCCAAAUCCGCCUCAUGGCCCCAGGCAGCUGCGCCAGCUCCAGCCAUCGCGGCUUCGUCCCCGUCAACAGGAAGGAAGAGAGCAGCUCACUCGCCGUGCUGCUCGCACUGUGCCGGCCAGAACGAAGUCCUGCACACCUGUGCAAAGGCACCCAGGGGGGGGCAGCCAUGCGCCCCGCUAAAGUUCUAUCUCUGAGCGAGAAGGGAGAACCAUUGGGGGACAGUAGGCAGGCUCUGCCUCAGGCUGGCUGGGAGCCUUCCAUCUCCCCAAGGGUAACUCCUGGCUGAGAGGGAGGGCAGAGGGCAGGGGGUUUAGACCUGACUGGACCCACUUUUAAAACUGAGAGUGGCCAGAAAGGUCAAGGACCUGCGUGAGAGGUCCUGGAGGAAGAUGGGGCGUGACAAGGGGCGGAGACCAUUGUUGGGGCUGAACUGAGCCCCCCACAUUCACACAGUGCAGCCCUAACCCCAGGGCCUCAGAACACAAUGCAUUUGUAGAUCGGACCUCGAAGAAGGGGAGGAAGUUAAAACGAGGGUGGGCCCUAGCUGGUUUGGCUCAGUGGAUAGAGCGUCACCCUGUGGACCGAAGGGUCCCGGGUUCAAAUCCGGUCAAGGGCACGUACCUCGGUUGCAGGCUCCUCCCCGGCCCAGGCCCUGGUCAAGGGCACGUGCAGGAGACAACCAAUCGAUAUGUUUCACAUCAAUAUUUCUCUCUUGUCUUUCCCUCUCGGCCUGUAUGGGAGGCAACCAAUCGAAGUUUCCUCCUCCCUUCCACUCUCUCUAAAACCAAUGGAAAAAUAUCCUCGGGUGACGAUUAAAAAUCCUGUAUAAUAAAACCCUAAUAUGCAAACCGACGGAACGGCAGAACAACUGGUCACUAUGACACACACUGACCACCUGGGGGCAGACGCUCAAUGCAGGAGCUGCCACCGAUGGUCAGUGCAUUCCCACAGGGGGAGCGCCACGCAGCCAGAAGCCGGGCUCAUGGCUGGCAAGCGCAGUGGUGGCGGCGGGAGCGACAAGCAGAGCAGUAAGGAGCAGCAAGCAGGCGGGCAGUAAGGAGCGAGGGGUCCCAGACUGCGAGAGGGUGCAGGCCAGGCUGAGGGACCCCCCUCCCCAGUGCACAAAUUUCGUGCACCGGGCCUCUGGUAAAUAAAUAAUAAAAUGAGGGUGGGCCCUGGUCCCGCCUGACGCGUCCCUUAUAAGAGGAGGAGAUGUGGGCACAGAGCAAAGGCCGUGUGGGGACACGGGGAGGACAGCCACUCAGGACCUGGAGAGAGGCCUCGGGGAGCCAGCCGCCCACCCCUGGGUCUCGGACAUCCAGCCCCCAGGACGUGAGACAAUGAAGGUCUGUUGUCUAAGCUGCUGUCCCUGGUGUUGUUAGGGGCGUCCCAGCGGAGUCCGGCCGGGAAGCUGGGAGAAGGGACAAAGUCGGUGGGUGCCGCCCCUCCUGGGGUCCCAGGCCGUCCAGUGCUUGGGGCACGCGGCUCUAGGGGAAGCUUGGGCUGGGGGUGCAGAGCUGGGGGCUGACCCUUCCUGGAGUGACAUCUAACGCUAGACUCAGGCCCCAGCCGGUAUGGCUCAGUGUGUAAAGCGUCGGCCCGCAGACUUAAGGGACCUGGGUUCCAUUCCUGCAAGGACAUGUACCUCGGUUGCAGGCUGGGUCCCCGCCCAGCCCUGCUCGGGCCUGUAUGGGAGGCAACCAAUCGAUGUUUCUCUCCCCCUCCUCCCUUC